AUGGCCAUAUCAUCAAUAUUUGUAUUAAUGUAUCUUCUUGCAACAGUACAUGGAUCCCCUCUCUGAAUGAUCCUCUGUUUAGCAGAACAGAAGCGAGAAAUCAUCUCGACCUCAUUAUUACAUAUUUAUGCACGGCAGGGAGUGGCCACUGUGGGCAGGCUCAACCAAUACGAUCGCAGCAGUGAAAGGAAGGCGUUUCACUCUGUUCGGAAGAUAACUUCUCUAACAGCGCUAACCCAGCAGUGCUUAGGAAAGACAGAUAGAGUCAGGCAGCGGCAAGGGGUGGCUGUACGACCCUCUUUUGGGGGGGGUCUGAUUAUUACAAAAAAAUAUACACACAUAUAUGCAUGCCCCGGCCGCAAGAUAGGUCAUAUGACGAUAAUAGGUAUUUUAGAAAGCAUAUAGCUAUAUAUCUAUACAUUUAAGAUGCCUAUUUUACUUUUCCUGAUAGACACGUCCGCUUCUAUGAAUCAGCGCACUUAUUUGGGUACGACGUAUCUGGACAUUGCUAAAGGCGCGGUUGAGAUCUUUAUGAAGCUGCGUGCCCGAGACCCGGCUAGUAGAGGCGACAGGUACAUGCUAGUUACAUUCGAUGAUCCACCAUACGGAGUUAAGGCGGGCUGGAAGGAGAACCAUGCCACGUUUAUGAGUGAACUGAAGAACCUGCAGGCGUCUGGAUUGACCACUCUGGGUCACGCUCUCCGCGCGGCCUUUGACCUACUCAACCUAAACCGCCUUGUCUCUGGCAUCGACAACUAUGGACAGGGCCGUAACCCGUUCUUUCUGGAGCCGUCGGUGAUCAUCACCAUCACGGAUGGGAACAAGCUGACUCACACCUCUGGGGUGCCGGAUGAGCUCCACCUGCCCCUGACCUCUCCACUGCCAGGCAGUGAGCUGACCAAGGAGCCAUUCCGGUGGGACCAGCGUCUCUUCGCCCUGGUGCUGCGUCUCCCUGGGGCAGCCACGCCCGACAGCGAGCAGCUGGGCAGCGUCCCCAACGACGAGUCUGCCAUCACCCAGAUGUGUGAGGUCACUGGAGGACGGUCAUACUGUGUACGGACUCAGAGGAUGCUGAACCAGUGUCUGGACUCUCUGGUCCAGAAGGUUCUAAGUGGUGUCGUCAUUAACUUUGAAAAGACAGGGCCAGAUCCGCCUCUGGUAGGCGAAGAUGGUAUGGUUGACCCGAGCCGCCCCGUGUUGUCCUUCAGCCCACAGCCCUGGCACAGCUGCCACAAGCUCAUCUACGUGCGACCCAACCCCAAGACAGGGGUGCCUGUAGGCCACUGGCCUAUCCCCGAGUCCUUCUGGCCGGACCAGAACUCCCCCGCUCUGCCUCCUCGCUCUGCCCACCCCAUGGUGCGUUUCACCUGUGUGGACUGUGAGCCCAUGGUGAUUGACAAGCUGCCCUUUGACAAGUACGAACUGGAGCCCUCGCCACUUACCCAGUACAUCCUGGAGAGGAAGUCUCCACACAUGUGCUGGCAGGUCUUUGUGAACAGUAGUGGAAAGCACAGUGACCUAGCCCAGCCCUUUGGCUACCUGAAGGCCAGCACCACUCUCUCCUGUGUCAACCUCUUCGUCAUGCCUUACAACUACCCAGUUGUUUUGCCACUCCUUGAUGACCUGUUUAAAGUGCACAAACUGAAGCCAAACCUAAAGUGGCGGCAGGCCUUUGAGAUCUACCUGAAGACCAUGCCUCCUUACUUUCUCUUGCCAUUGAAGAAGGCACUGAGAAUGAUGGGAGCGCCCAACCUCAUCUCCGACAACAUGGACUGUGGCCUCAGCUACAGUGUCAUCUCCUACCUAAAGAAGCUUAGCCAGCAGGCAAAGAUGGAGUCGGAUCGCCUGAUCGUGUCUGUAGGGAAGAAGGCUCCCCAAGAGACUGGGAUAAAGGUGAAGAACCACUCCAACACCCUGUCCCUAGCCCACCGCAAAGACUUCAAGCAGCUGCUGCAGGGUAUCACCGGAGAGAUGUCCCUCCGCCUUGCAGACAUCAACUUCAAGGAGUUUGCCGGCUUUCAGAUUGCACUUCUCAACAAGGAUCUAAAGCCUCAGGCGUAUCGGAACGCCUAUGACAUCCCAAGGCGGAACCUUCUGGAUCAGCUGACACGGAUGCGCUCCAACCUUCUGAGGACUACUCAGAAACUUAUCAGAGGACAAGAUGAAGACUACCUUCACAGUAUACCCAUGGUUCAGAUGGGCAACUAUCAGGAGUAUCUAAAGAUGAUGCCGUCUCCUCUGAGAGAGAUCGACCCUGACCAACCCAAACGCCUGCACACCUUCGGCAACCCAUUCAAACAGGACAAGAAGGGGAUGAUGAUUGAUGAGGCAGAUGAGUUUGUAACGGGUCCCCAAAGCAAGAAGAGAGGUGUUACGGGGGACCCCAACUCGGGGGCUGCUCUGAAGAGAAGGCGGAGUAUGUCCCCUUUAUUGCGUCGGCCCCAGACUCCACCAAUCAUCACCAACCAUGUAGUGGGGAAGGGAUCCAAUGGGAACGGGGCCCAGCCUGGCAUCAUCAAGCCCAUCCCACUGCACAAAGGAGCAGAGGGGAACAGCGUGCUCGGCACAGAGAGUAACGGGGAGGGGGGUGUGGAGCCUGAAUCAGGGGACGGCUGGCCUGGAGUGGUGGUGGACGGUGUAGGAGGGGGCACAAAUGCACUCAUCCUGGAGGAGAGAGAGAGUGAGAGGCCUGGGAUGUGUGCGGGGGACAGUGGGGAGGACUGUGGCGUGGAGGAGGACAGGUUAGGGGAGGGUGGCCUGGAUGAGCGGCCCCCCUCAGAGAGACAGCAGCAAAGCUGUGAGGGGGACCAGGAGGGAGAGCUGGAGGGAGAUGAAAAUGGAGCAGACCAAGCUGAGCCUGAGGCGGUCACCAUAGCCCCACUAGAUGGCAGCAAUGCUGAGCUGCGCACACGGGUCAUCAAGGAGGUCCGCAAACCUGGCCGCAACUAUGAGACCAUAUUCAGGCUGCUGGAGGAGGUGAAGGGGUCUGUGACGGUCCAGAGGUACUUCAUCCAUCACGCGAUCAAGGAGGCUGCCAGGUUUAAGAAGCGGGUGCUGAUCCAGCAGCUGGAGACAGCUCUGGAGUUGAUUGAGGAGAAGGAGCUGCAGCUCCCUGCUGUCCGCCUCAACAACGACCAUGGUAGAUAGUGAAGAAGUGGCCUGCAGGGGCCCCUGCUCAGAAACACAAAGAUAUGUACAGGAACAGGGUACUCUCCUUCACAAGACAUGACUUACACAUGGUCCAACAACACCCCAUAGGAUGUAAAGUUGGGUGUUGAAUGGAGAGAAAGAAGGAGGCAAUAGAGGAGACGACAGAGGGCUGAGGUCCCUCCCUAUCUAUGUGUUGUGACAUUGUGCCUCAACAGCACUCACACAUGGAGAUGGAAGGGUCAGGGGUUAUAAUUCAGGAGGGAGGAGGAGGGUAGGGCCAGAGCCAGACCAAUGUGGGGAUAAGUUAAGAGACUCUGGAUGUAAUCCACUCCAUUAGUGACUGAUGCCAUUGCUGACCAUAUGGCUAAUUCAGUUUCUCCACAGACAUUGAUUCAUUCACACACACACACACACACACACACACACACACACACACACACACACACACACACACACACACACACACACACACACACCAUAGACUUAGAUAGACAUCGCAUCAUUGUAUCUGUCUCUUUAUGCCGUCUGUGAGAGCAUGGGCAGUGCCAUUGAGGCCAUCUCCAUUUUGAAGUAGCCCAUUUUCUUAUUCUACUACUUCUAUGAGUUGGUAAAUAAACUGAAAGGGCGCAUACUGUCCUCUAGAGUGUGUUGUUUGAACAGGUAUAAAGCCAAGGUUUUGCUCACAAGUGUAAUUAUUUGGCUUGUCCCUUCAGGUGAUCCUUCCUUAACCCAUAGGAAGUCCCACCCAGUUGACUACUUCAAAAUGGUGAAAGUCCUUAAUGGCGCUGCCCAUGCUCAAACUGGCUUUUGGGAACUAGUUCUCUAUCUAUCUCUAUGACACACACACACACACACACACACACACACACACACACACACACACACACACACACUUUUGAAUCAGGUCUUGCACAUACUGUAGUACAGUUCUGAUUAGUCAUUAUAGGACAGGAAGGAUUUUUCAUGUGAGGCAUGUAAUAAUGGAACUCUUAUUACAGCAAUUUUACAUGUAGUGUAAUUACUAGUAAUACUGGUAAUGACUAUUGACAAUACAGCUGUAGGACAACUGUACUCACAUUACAGUUUAGAGCAAUAAGAAUAUCUGCCAACUGAUCAGAAGGUUUAACAUUAGCCUAUUUAUGUUUGGCCUAAAAAUAUACAUUUGAUGUAAGAAACACACUGUGUACUGACUACAUAGGCGUUGUGGCUCACAUGAGAAAUCUGAUCUACCUCAAGUCUUCUAGGUGUUGGAGUGCUGUGGGUAUUUUGUGUUGCAUGGGCCUGCAGGACAAUAAUACCAUGUCAAAUCACAUACUGACCUAAGAUGCCCUCCAUGGAUCAACUGUCCCAGCAUGGGAGCUGUCCUCAAAGCAAUAGCACACUUCAUGUAGGUUAUGUUCAGUAACGUGUGGACUUGGUUCAGUAAAACAUUGGUGCAGUCACUGAGAGGACGCCAGCUGUUGGGGUCCAUCUUGAGGGUCUGGACUGGAGCCUGGCCUGCUGUCUCCGCUCUCUCUCUCCCUGCCUUCUUCUCGGCACUCUAGUGCACUAUAUACGGAAUAGGGUGCCAUUUUGGAAGCGCACCGAGUGUCACAGUCUCCCCAUUGAUUCUCCCCUGGAAGAACUGUGUGGUCAACCAAAAUCUCUGCUCCCCGUUCGUCGGUCACCUUUUUCUGGACUAGCACAGCUGGGGAACAACCAACCUUCUGUAUUUCAGAGAACUAACACAAGCUACCCAUUUCUCUUUUGUCUUCCCCCCCAAAGUUUCUUUUUAAAAUGAAAGAUUGUAUUUUAUUGUUCAUAAAUCUAAACUAUUUUUGGAUGGUGUUCAUACCAGAACAUAAAAAAAGAGAAUAUUUUGAGAGUAAAAGUUGUAUAAAGGCCAUUUUGUUAACUGUUAUAUAUAAAAUUGAAAAUGUACAAUUCUUUUUUAAAUAAACAAAAAAUAAAAGAAACAAAUUACAAAAUGUA